GGAGAGAGAAAGAGAGAGCCCUUCAACAGCAUCAGAGUGGUGUCCUGUUACCUACAAACAUAGAAAUAGUCAGUUUACUAAUAUCUAUUCGGAUGAACAGGUCGAUAUAGUUUUUGAAGGAUUUCUGUUUCGGAUUUCAAUAUCUUUCGGAUUGUAUUGUGUUUAGUGUUUUUGUUGGGAGAGAUAAAGAAGUAGAAAAUGAACUGUGGACAGUGAUUGUAGGUGUUAUCAUAAAGGACUUAUUUUUCAAAAGUGAAAAUAUCCAGCAUCAAGACGACUCCCCUACCAGGAGAAGAUACCAGCGGGUACGGCGUGGGGGCGGGCAGUCUGUUCUCCCACAUGAACAUGGCUGGAUACCUAAAGACUCCCACCGGACCCCACAGCCACUUCCCGUCGCAUCCCAGUCUCGGUUCGGGAUUGACUGGGAUGUCUAUGCCGGGUCUGGGACCGUUUGGGUUGACACAUCCGCUAGAGCCGGUGCCAUUUCCGCAAGUUUAUUCCUAUUUUGCAGGUGUGAACCCAAGGAAGCAAAGGCGAGAAAGAACGACCUUCACGAGGGCGCAGCUCGAUGUUUUGGAAUCUCUGUUUGCGAAAACUAGGUAUCCAGACAUCUUCAUGAGGGAGGAAGUAGCCUUAAAAAUCAACCUGCCCGAAUCCAGGGUGCAAGUUUGGUUCAAAAACCGAAGAGCAAAAUGCCGCCAACAACUCCAACAGCAGCAACAAAAAGAAUCAAACAGAACAACACCUUCGACACCGACCAAAUCAAAACCAAGCAAAACAUCUCCCGUAUCAGUUCCGACAACAAUAGCACCUCCUACAAACAUCCCCACACCUUCGACGUCGGUCUCCCCGCCUGUCGUCAAUAUCAAAAAAGAAUCACCUCAAGUUCAAAAUUUUAACAAAAAUAACGGUAACCUCACUCCUUUGGGAAGCAAUACGUCUAGUGUUAUAACCACUCCUUCUCCUCCUAUAACACCUAGCAGUAAUCCCCCAGUUGCUUACCAACACGAGGGGUAUAACUCCUUCAAUUGGCAUGCAAAUGGGCACAAUUCGUCCCCACAUCAUUAUUAUGGACAAAACUACAACCCCGCUUACUACAGUCAGAUGGAAUAUUUCAAUCAGCAGAAUAAUCAGAACCAAAUGCAAAUGGGGAACCACAUGGGUGGAACUUACCAAAUGGGGAGUUAUCCUGGUAUGACUAUGACCGCUUCACAUCAUCAGAAUUUUAGUCCUAGACAUCCUACAGACUGCAGUUUGGAUUAUAUGAACCAGAUGGUUUAGUAAAGUACAAACUUGAUUUCUCUUUAGUUUAAGACAAUCGAUAUAUCGUUUUUAAGUGCAUAUCAGAGUGUAAAUAUUAAUAAAAUUAAAGGGCCUAAAAUAAGGCGUUGUACAAUAAGAGGAAAACGAAUAUUUGUAUAUAAUUUUUAUGUAUUUUAUGACGAUAUAUAUGAAAGGGCUCUUUUUGGGGAAUAUUUUAAAAAAAUUAAGAACGUUUUUAUAAUGUAAAUAGCGUGAUUUGAAUUGCAUUUAUAACUAUUUUAAAUUGUAAGUGUAAAUCUAAUUUAUCAAAUGUUUUUGAUGUCCUUACAUAAAGAUAUCUUCAUAUUAUUAUUAAAUUAAAAUCAAAAGAAAAAAAUUCAAAAAUAAUUGUUUUGUAAAUGAGUGAAUAACUUUUUUUAAAUUGAACGCAG